AUGGCUCAAAAUGGAGAUGCCAAGGAAAUUGAAGCCCUCACGGGUGGAAAACAGAUUGAAGAUGGAGAAGAUGAGAAGCCCAACGAGAAAACAAAGCGAGGAUGGGGUAGGAUAAUGUUGUGAGGAGUUAAUCUGGUCAGAGUAUUACCUUAGAUACGUCAGUCUAGUCGUGUUGGUGGUGCAGAAUACGGGUCAAGUGUUGUUAACAAGAUAUGCGACGAGAAGAGAUCAGGAACAGUUCAUAAAGACUGUAGCCGUGUUCUUCAACGAGGUCAUCAAACUGAUUGCCGGAACUAUAUUGUUUUUGCUCUCCACUGGGGACAUUAAAAAGUAAGCGGUGUUUUAGACAUGUCAUCUUCAAAAUUUUUGAUAAAGUUUUGUUUAUGGUUGCCUAUAAUUUUAUAAAAAUUAUUUUAGAGCUGCUUCCGAAUUGAAACUUCAUUUCUGCACCCACUGGUUGGAGACAUUGAAAGUCGGAGUCCCAGCGUUUAUUUACACAAUUCAGAACUUCUUGUUAUACUUGUCAAUUGAACAUCUCGAUGCGGGAACUUAUAUGGUAUAUUCCUUCUUCGUUUGCAAUACUUUUGCAGGUCACAUACCAACUCAAAAUCUUGACAACGGCGUUAUUCACAGUGCUGAUGCUCAAAAGGAAACUCUCGUUAGUCCAAUGGGGAGCUCUGGCCACUUUGGCCAUUGGAGUUGCCGUUGUUCAAACUGUAUGCGCAUUUUUUUAUAAACUGGUCAUUCGACUGUAACUAUAAGAAUAUUUUAGAGUGCUGGAAAAGGGGCAAGUCCUGCUGCGGUCCUAAACGGAACUCUCAUAACAACCACUGCCAAGCCAAUAAAUAAGGCCGCAGAACAACAACCUUUGAUUGGAUUUACAGCUGUCGUUGCAGCGGCGAUUAUGUCAGGGUUUGCUGGAAUCUACUUUGAAAAAAUUCUCAAAGGGUCAGAAGUCUCGAUCUGGCUUCGGAACAUUCAACUGUCAGUCCUGUCGAUUCCAAUUUCAUUGGUGGUCAUUGCAGUAAGUGCGACUUUUACGUUACUUAAGAUCCUUUUGUUAGCCAGAUAAUGUAAAAACGAUUUGCAGAUAAAAGAUCGCGAGAAAGUGCUUAAUCGAGGAUUCCUGGCCGGCUUUGAUUACGUCGUCUGGUCGGUUGUUCUUUGCCAAGCCUUGGGUGGUUUAAUCGUCGCUGUUGUCAUUAAAUACGCAGACAAUAUCCUAAAGGCUUUCGCCACUUCCAUAGCCAUCAUUGUUGCCUGUUUGGCAUCGAUCGUUCUCUUCAACACAUUCCCAACAGCCCUGUUCUUAGUCGGCGCUUUUCUAGUCAUUGGUGCUGUUGUUUUAUACAGUGUUUUUCCAUAUAAACCAAAGUAUCACAUGCCCGCAGAAGAUGUCAAAAUGGAUGCUUUGGGAGAACAAGAUGAAACGAAGAAAGAAGAGAAGUCACAGCCUUGA